GGGCACAUGGGAGCACCCUCAGCCCCCUCUCCAUGGGAUAACCUGUGGGCCACUUCAGAGUCCCCACCAGCAAGAAGGCUGUCUCUCACCAGAUGUGCCCCCCCAACCUUGGAUGUCUCAGUCUCCAGAACUCAAAUGAGCCAGCUCCCUUGUGAAACUUUAAGAACAUGGUACUCAGAGGAGUAAGGCUCAUGAAGUGGAGGGAUGAGAAGACUUCUGGGACAGAUUGUGUGGAGGCUGUCAUUCUCCUCGUGACAUUGCUGUGGGAGAAGAAGGAGGCAUUCCAUGUUGGCUUCAAUGAAGGACUUCAGUAUUUUCCAGAGAGAAGUACUGAGCAGCUUAAAGUAUUUGAAUGGGAAGAGGAGAAGCAAACUACAGCUACUUCAGAGGAUAACACUAAACACCUAGUCCACUCUGUAUACACUAGAGGUGCUGUUAAUUUUCUUGUGGAGAAGGAACUGUCUUUAGAAAAAUAUCUCAAAAAGCCACUGAAGUAGAAAUUUCCAGCAUGCUGAAGAUGGAACUUGAGAAGAUAGAAAGCUCUGGGUCCUUAGUGGCAUCACUGAGUUGCUGGACCACUGUUGGAACCACCCUAUGUCUUAGUUUUUAAAUCUCUUUACUGUCUAAGACAUUUUUAGUGGAACUAUUGAUCUCUAGCAUCCAAUAAGACCUUGCAGGAUUUGCA